AAGAGUGUAUAGUAGAAUCUCAUAAGAAAAAAAAAAAAAAAAAACAUUAAAAGUUAAGAAAUUUUACACAAAUUUCAAAAAUAAAAUUCUUAUUGUUUAAAACAAAAGCGCACAUUACACUUCUCUAAAAAAUGAACAACAAAAACUCAAUUUAUGCUUUCAAUUGAAUGUUUAAUUUUUCAAUUGAAUAAAAAAAAUGACUCGCACAAAAUUUAGAAAAUUCGCAGCUGAUAGUAAACAAAACGAGAGAGAUACGAAAACGAAUAUUGAUUUUUUUUUCUAAUUUUAAUGAAAAGAGAAAAAAAAAACAAAUUCCAUUUUGAGAAGAUUUGUAAAGAUGCAAAAAAUUAUGAAUUAAUCUCACGAAUCCCAAUCAUCAAUUUGAAAAGAUAAAAAAACUCCCAUCUCCCAAUUAAAACGCAUAGAACUACAACACUUCUCAAGGUUAUUGCAUCUCCUACUUCAAAGUAGUGACGCACGGUGGCACACACAAAAAAUACCACAACUAUAAAAUAGUAUUCUAAACUGAAUUGUAGAAAAAACUCCUUUCACUUAUUUUAUUAAAUUAUAUUUGUGAGAAAAAGAGAUUAUGAAAUAUUUUUGUGGUGGAAGAUGGGUGGCUCAGUGAGUCAAGUUUUUAGAUCUGGAAGUGCUUUGUUAUCACAUCGUGACGGUCAUAAAGUCUCCAAGGCCACCGAGGAAAAAAUUCAAACAAUCUUUGAGAUCUUGAGAGCUAACCCAAAGAUAUCAAUUCAUACACUUGAGAGUUUACUUUUGCAAAUACCUAAAAAUGAAAACAUUUUGGUUAUCCAUGAUGAGUGCGGAUAUAAUAUCCUACAGCGUAGUGUCGGACUCAAUCACAUUGAUCUGACCAAAUGGUUAUUGCAUCGACAUCGCCCCGAUGUCAAUCGAUCGCCUUGUUCACUUCCCCUGCACAUUGCAUGCCUAAAAGGCUACGAAGAAUGUGUGGAGUUGCUAUUGAAACAUGGUGCUCGAAUCGAUACCGAUGCAAGGUUGUGCUUCCCUGGAACACAUUCGCAUAAUUGCGAAGAAAGUGGCAAAUAUCGAGGGAAUCAAGAAGAAGUUGGAGUUUGUGAGAGAUUUAGUACAAAAUUACAAAAUUCCAUUUGCUAUGCAAUCGAUGGUGAUCAAAUUAAUGUUUUGAAUAUACUUUCACAAAAAAUGGAAGAUCCAUGGAUUCCCUUUCGAGUGAAGAAACCUCUUUUACAUUUGGCUUGUGAACGAGGUGCUUGGAAUUGUGUACAACAACUGGUUAUUACCAGAACAGAAGAGAUAAAUUUGAUCAAGGAUGAAUACUAUCCAAUACAUCAGGCAGUAUUACACGAUGGUAGAUUUCUAGAACUUUUAAUUCAACAUGGAGCUGUUACAACUGUGCGCACAUGUACACAGCAAAUGACACUUUUACAUGUUGUAAUUUUUGCUGCUAGAAAAUCUGCUGAAGACACUCUGAGUACCCUGCGGAUACUUUUGGAACGUGGCUGCAAAGAGCUAAUAAACGAACCCGACUCAUUAGGCAAUACACCUUUACAUGCUCUUAUUGUUCGUUAUGCGCUAGAAGAAGCCAGAUAUGGCUACGAUAAAUGGAGUAAAUGGGAUGUUCUUCAUUUAGUCAGAUUUCUGCUGCAAAAUGGUGCAAAAAGCUCAAUCAACCAAGCGGGCAAUAGUGCUCUAGCAUGUGUCUUUCGUCAUGUGCGCGACUGGGAGGUUUGCUUUGAGCUUCUUAGUAUGUUAAUCAAAGAAGAUGGAGAUCCAAAUAUAGUGGGACGUGAUGGUUCUGUACCUAUAAUGGUGUGUUUGGUGCCGUUAAUUAACAAAGAUCAAUUACAUCAUUUUACACAUUCUAUGAAGGUGUGUUACUUAAACUGUUUGAGAAUCCUGCUCCAACAUGGAGCAAACCCCAAUUGUUCGUAUCGCUCGAACCUUACCCCCCUGCAUGUAUUAGUCUUUACGGUUAGCGAAAACUUCACCCUCAACUGCGAUGUCCAAAAACGAACAAAUUUUGACUUUAUAAAAAAUAUCCUUCUACUAUUACUUCAACAUGGUCUAGACUGCAAUCAAACUUAUCCACACAUUUUGCAAGCUGUUAUGGAUAUGGUGCAAAAUGUACGAACAUGCCCCGAUAUGCAGUGCAUCUAUGAACUAACCCUCGCUCUAAUACAAUACGGUGCCGAUCCAAAUAUCGUGCUAAGUGGCAAAUCCACACCCGGAAGCACUAUAUUCUCAAAUGAAAUAGCUAACUUUGGGGAGGGUCUUUGCCAUGCAAAUUCAUCUCCCGAUGAUGUCCCAGUGAGUUCAGCCAAUGGUGUUGUACAAGUUGGUGGACCAACGGCCGGACCGUCGCGUCAACACCUCGGCGAUCACUUUCGCAAUUCAUUCCGUACAAAUUCUAGAUUUAUACUUUUCUAUUACAUCAUUUUAAUAACAAAAAAAGAAUUCAUACUAAACGAUCCUGAACUAACAUUUACGCGCAUCAUACAUUUGUUCUUUCUGACAAUGCAGCAUGAACCGCUGUAUAAUUGCCUCAAAUCGUUGCACAAUUUCUAUGUAGCUCAAGUACCUAGUAAAAAAACCGAACAACUUAUCUCGCUAAUAACGCAACUUUAUCGCAAACCGAGGAGUUUGAAACAACUAUGUCGGGUGGCGAUAUACGAAGCGCUCAACAAGAAACUAGCACAAAAUAUAAACCGCCUUAAUCUACCAGGUCCUCUUAAGGAAUACGUUCUACAUUUUGACACAUAAUAUACAAAAAACAAA